AUGUCGUCCUCUACUGAAUCCUAUUUUAUCUAUAUUGAGGAAUCCCAAAACACUAUCCCACAAAGUUUUUCUCCACAUGAAUGUUUCCUCAUUAAACUUCACCACUUUCACUCGACUUCAUUCAACCACUAUGACUUCCUUAUUCCUGGUAACAUCUUAUGUGAUUACGAUGAGUUUGAAUCCGUGGAUCAAGAUAGUUUAUCCUAUACCUUUUUGCGUAACACUUUCUUGUCGGUGGAUCUUCCUCAUGAAGUGUUGGAAGAAACCCUACUUCUUAUGGGUGAGUACGCUAGGUAUAUGAACACAGUCAACUUUGAAGGAUAUAGAAUAUUGGAGAUGGAUGUGUUUGUUGACACAACAUCAAAUAUUAGUGAUGAUGAGAAUGCUAUUGCGUCCCUUUCCAAGAUGUUGGAGAAGCUUAAAGUGAAAGAUGUUGAUACUUCUUUUUGUUCAAGAGAACAAUGUUCAAUUUGUUUGGAGGAAUUUUGUGAUGGAUCAGAAGUACCACACAUUAUUCGUACCAAGUGUAUGCAUUUUUUUCAUGAACAUUGUGUUGCUCGGUGGCUUAAACAAUGUAGCUUUCACAAUCGUUUAUAUUCUUGUCCAGUGUGUCGUUCUCAAAUUCAAUGA